AAUAAAGAAAUUAUUUAAAUAAGUAAUGAAGUAUUGGAAAGACAUGAAAUGGAUGGAAAUGAGAAGAAAAAAGAAGGAAAUACGACUAUUUUUGUUCGGAGAAUACCAUUGAAUAUAACGUUAGAACCAUUUCUAUGUUUUUUCUCUGAAAUAGCACCGGUUAAACAUGCAAUUAUUGUUACAGAUCCAGAAACAAAAAAAUCAAAAGGAUAUGGAUUUGUAAGUUUUUUAACACAUUCAGAUGCGGAGAAAGUUAUUUUUGAAUUAAGUCAAAAAAAAAUGGAGGGGCAUUACUUAAAAGCAGAAUUUGCUAGACGUAGAAAUCGAAAUCCCAAAGAUAGUAUAUUAGAAAAUGAUACAAAGGCAAAAGAUGAUAAAAUAGGAGCGCGAAGGCCAUUUUUGAUUAUAAGGAAUCUACCAUGGUCAAUAAGAAAAAAAGAUGAUGUAUUUUUUUCAAAAUUUAGUGAAUAUGGAAAAGUGAUAAAUGUUAUUAUUCCUAGGAAAAAAGGAGGAAAGAUGAGUGGAUUUGCAUUUGUUCACAUGAAAAAAGAAUCGGAAGCAGAGAAUGCUAUAAAAAAUAUAAAUGGAAUUGAACUUGAUGGUCGAAAUAUUGCAGUUGACUGGGCUUUAAGUCAAACUGAAUGGAAAAAAUUUUUAGAAAAAGAACAAGAUUUUGAAGAGGACGAUAUGAAUAUGGAAAAUACAUCAGAAUUUUUGGAAGAUGAAGAUAGUAUAAUUAGUACAAAAAUUGACAAUGAAAAUAAUUCUCGAAAUAUUUUGACCAAAAAAAAGAAAGAUUCAAGUAUUCUAAAUUAUGAUAAUGAAAAUACGAUAUUUGUAAGGAAUAUUUCAUUUAAAACUACAAACGAGGCUCUUUUUUCUCAUUUUAGUCAAUUUGGCCGUUUAAAAUAUGCACAACUUGUUAUAGAUACAUUAACUGAAAAAUCUAAAGGAAUAGCUUUUAUUCGUUUUAUCAAUAAAGAAGAUAUGGACAAUUGUCUUAAGUUAUAUUGGACUUUGUCGAAAAAGUUUGAUUGGUUAAUUAAUAAAUCAAGUAUACUUCAGAAUGAAGUAAUUGAUAAUGAUGCUAAGAAAUUUGUAUUGGAUGGUAAUUUAUUAAAUGUUUCAUCUGCGCUAAACAAAGAGGAUAUCUCUAUAAUGAAGAAUGAUAAUAAAAAAAAGAGAAUGCAUAUGCUUGGAAAAAAUAUUGAUAAAAGAAAUAUAUUUUUAUUAGAUGAAGGAUAUAUUGAUCCUAAAUCACCUUUAUAUGAGCUAUUAAGCGAAACAGAUCGUAAUAUAAGAAAUCAAAGUUUAAUUCAGAGGAAGAAAUUACUAGAAAAAAAUCCAUCAUUAUACAUAUCUCUUACAAGAUUGUCAAUAAGAAAUAUCCCUAAAGAUAUUUCUGAUAAAGAGUUAAAGGCUUUAGCAAGGGAAGCAUGUGUGAACUUUGCUAAGGAGGUAAAGGAAAAUAAAAGAAUGCCAUUGACUCGGGAAGAAAAGCUUCGAGAUGGUAAUCCUAAAAAAGGUGAUAAAGGAAUUGUUCGACAAGCUAAGAUUAUUGAAGAAAAAAAUGGACAUAAACGAGGAUAUGGCUUUAUUGAAUAUGUGGGGCAUAGAUGGGCUUUAAUGGGGCUUCGUUGGCUUAAUGGAAGGAAGAUAAGCUCGAAAAAAAAUAAAGAAAUAAAAAAGCGUUUAAUUGUUGAAUUUGCUCUUGAAAAUAUUAAUGUUAUUAAACAGCGUCAAGAAAGACAAGAAAGAGAAAAAAAAAAGGCCUUGUCAAAAAUUGAAGAUGGAAUGAUAAAUUCUUUGAAAAGAAAAAGAAGUUCUAGCUCAAAUGAAAUAAAAAGUAAUAAAAAAGCAUGUACUUCCUAUAUUACAUCUAGAAAAAAAGUGGCAAAGAAAAACGCAAAAAAGAAAAAAUCCAACAUAAAUAACAUAUACAAUUGAUUUUACUCAUUAUAUAUAUAUAUUUAUUUAUUUAUUUAUAUUUAUA